CGCGGUUGCUACAGACGGGCAGAAAAGUGUAUCUACAAGUCCAUAUGUACGAGCAUUAAAUAAACUACGUCAGAACCAUUAUUCGAACCGACUGGUACGACAGUGUACUAUCAGAGAGGGAGAGACCUGUGCUGUUGCACAGCAAACUGGCCCGAAACAGAUACAGAGUUGGUUUAGUUUCAAUUCACGAGCGAGGUCCAAUCUAGAUUUUCUGGACAACUUUAUUUUAAAGUUUAGUCCAGGGCGCUGCGAGAGUGGAAAGGCGAAAACUAUGACCAUACUAUAGUGUAGAGUGUAAAACUAGAAUUGUGCUAACUAUUUACUUCACGUUAUCAUUGUCGGUUGGUGUUGCUCACAAACAAGAUGUAGUGAUGUAGUCAACGGAAAAAAGUCAAAAGCAAUCCGAAAUCUGAAUUUUAGGCAAAAUAAAUUACGCGACACUUUUUAAAUUAGCAUAAGAGAGAUAGAGAGGAAGUUUCAAUGCCAACAAGUGGACAAAGCCAGCGUGAAUGUAAAGAACUUUGAAUUAUCGGAAAAUUUUCGUGGUCUUAGGACUUUUCUUAAAAUAUUGGAAGAAGUCGUGCUUAAAAGAGUGUUUUGGUGCAAAAACAAUUCUAAAAAAAUUUUUCUCAAGAUGUUUGUGGAGUAAAAUUGAGAUUAAAGUGCGAAUAAAUUAGUGAAUUAAUUUUAAUUAAUUAAUGUGAAACCACUAAAAAAUAACUGCAGUUAACUUCAUAACAAUGGCAACGUUCUACAGCUAUUUAGUGAUUGCGUUAGCCACCCUCUAUGCCUCCAGCAACGUCUUGGCUAAGCAAAAAGGUGCAACGAAUAUCGAUGAGCUUCGUGCUCAUUAUAUUGACCUGGAAAAGAGCCUCUGGAAAUAUCUGGAGCAACGAACCGAUGCCAAUCAAAACCAAAAACUGAAGAAAGUUUUCGAAUCAAAUCGGAUAUUUACUUUGCAAAAUUUCCGGAAGGAAUUCAUUUACGAUAAAUAUUUUCCAUUGCAACGAUUUUAUGAAUGGUCAUUGUUGGAGAUUGAUUUCAGAAUUAUCAAUGAAUUGUUUCAAUAUUUCCGGGAGACUUUGAUAAAAUACGAAAAUGGAAAUUAUGAUGAGCGUGCAACGAGGGAUUUGGCGGAAUCUGUUUUGGAUGAUCCAAAAAUAUCUAUCAAAAAUACAUCUAUUAAAAUUCAUAAUGUGAUGACGUUACAGGGGUUCUAUUACCGCUCUAUAGGGGCUUCAAACGAACAAAUAUGCGCCACAAAGCAAUCUCCACAACAGUUUUUAUAUUCACUCUACAGUGAUAUUACACUAACCGAACUAAAAGGCUAUGCAAUGAUGCAGUUUUCGUGGAUGAUAUUAAAUAUCUAUGACAAAGGCAACUUCACUGACGAAGCCAAACUGAUGCGAGCUGAUUUUGAAAAACGUAGUAUUGAGUCACAAGAAAUGGUGAAACAAGUAAUGCAACGCGCAGAUCGUGUACUUUGGACCUGUGAUCCUCCUGUUUAUGUGAAAGGCGAAACUUACGACGAAGUUACGCGUCUGCUACAAGGAUACAUUGAAAAUGAGGUGGACAUGAACCCAGAUCACACUUGUCGUGAAAAUUGCGGAUACUAUGUCGAAAGUAAGAGUCAUGGUUGUUUCAAGGACCUCUACUGUUCUCGUCAGCCACGAUGCAAUGGAAAAAUAUUGAGUUGCACUUAUGUAGACUCAGAUAUGUGGAUUUGUCCAGCCUCCGAGAAAAGCACCAGACGAUAUGAGUACAUAACAUACGAAAAUGGACGAAGCUUGGGCAAGCCUGGCCAUUGUGUCAGAGGAACAACAAAAGUUGAUUCCUGGUGGAGAUGGCUCUUCUGGCAUUGCAGCUAUUGCUUCUGCCUCUGCGACGAACAAGGUGUCAAAUCAGACAGAUACUUCAACUUGCGCGAAACUAUAUCAGAUGUCGACAAAAACAAGGUCGUUACUGGCUUACGGUUUGUCAAGAAGAAUCGUGUCUUCCAUUUACAAAUACAACAAGGUGAAUUGGCACCACGUGGCAACAUCAAUGAGACCUCCCUUCAGUGGAAACCAGUCGAAGAAUACAAGAUUUUCGAUCUUAAUGUCAGCCCAGGGAUUGAUUACCACACAUUGACUGCAUCCAGCCGAGCUGUAGAUUUGGAUGACUUAAUGGCUGAUGUACCAAGUUACAUUGUAACCGGCGUUAAAUUCCGUGUAGUUGGGGCACAUUUGAAUCUUGAAAUGCGUAUCACUGAAUUCGACUUUGAGGCUGGAAAGUUGGUUGAACCGCAUGUCACAAGCUAUUGGAUUUCAAACGAUAACACUGAUGUGAGCGGCAAUCGAAGAACUGAAGUCAAACUCAAAUCACCCGACGUGUCAACGAAUUCUCAAGUUAAAUCGGUCCCGAAAUCCUCCCACAAUCAAUACAUACAUUUCGUAAAUACAGAUAUGGAUAAGGACGCAGCUCAGAAUACAGUGCCGUUUAUCGAUAUUCAAGAUGUUGUGUCAAAUCCUCCGGUACCACUGUCGGGGGUUGGUCUUUACCAUAAAGGACAAGAUCAAUAUGGUGGCUUCCUAGCACCUAAAGUGAUUACCUACGAUUUCUCACCACAUAUUCAAUCACCAAGUUUUGAUAACCAAACCAACUAAUCAUAAGGUGGUGAUAUUCUCACUGCAUUUGUAGAAUAGACCCGCCAAAUGCGUUUAUAUUUAAGUAUUUAAAAUAAAAAUUUAUUACAUUACA